UCCUCUCACCUGGGCCCAUGCGCGCGAGCGCAGGGCGUGUCUCCCUGCGGGCUCCUCUUUGGAAAACCUCCCGCCCCUAGUCAGGCGGGGGGCGGCAGGCAGAGCGGCCGGCGCGCUGCAGGGACCGCAGGCGGGCAAAGCGCUCCAGCCGCCGCCGGGAGUUGGGCGAGUUCUCUCCCCCAGCAGCACCAUGGACAGCAGCCCCUUGGAGCAGCUGGACGCCGCCGGCUUCCUGGACAUCUGGCAGCGCUUCGACGCCGACGACAAUGGUUACAUAGAGGGGAAGGAGCUUGAUAAUUUUUUUCAUCAUCUACUGAAGAAACUGGGCACAUCUGAUGCCAUAACAGAGGAAAAGCUUCAGAGGGUGAAAGAGCGAUUCAUGUCUGCCUACGAUGUCACUGCAGAUGGACGUUUACAAAUACAUGAGCUUGCAUAUAUGAUCUUGCCAGAGGAUGAGAACUUUCUGCUGCUUUUCCGACGGGAAACACCCUUGGACAACAGUGUGGAGUUUAUGCGGAUUUGGCGCAAAUAUGAUGCUGAUAGCAGUGGAUUUAUUUCAGCCGGCGAGCUCAAAGACUUCCUGGGAGAUCUCUUUUUGCAGCACAGAAAGAUGAUUCCUGAGGCAAAGCUGGAAGAAUACACUGAUACAAUGAUGAAGAUCUUUGACAAAAAUAAAGAUGGACGAUUGGAUCUGAAUGACCUGGCAAGGAUUUUGGCACUCCAGGAAAAUUUCCUCCUUCAAUUUAAAAUGGAUGCUUGUAGUAAAGAAGAAAGGAAGAACGAUUUUGAGAAAAUCUUUGCACACUACGAUGUUAGUAAAACAGGAGAACUGGAAGGUCCAGAAGUGGAUGGGUUUGUCAAAGAUAUGAUGGAGCUUGUCAAGCCCAGCAUUAGUGGUGUGGACCUGGAUAAGUUCCGUCAGAUUCUGCUCCAUCACUGUGAUGUGAACAAAGAUGGAAAAAUUCAAAAAUCUGAAUUAGCCUUGUGUCUUGGGCUUAAAAUGAACCCAUAGAUUUGAAUGCGCUUCACCUAUUGUUUGCAAUGUUUUCUUUGUAAGAACUUGCUGCUGCCGGUAGAACUCUUUCAGUGCUGUGUUAACAAUCUGUGUGAUAGUGCUGAACGUGGAAGAUAUAGGCACCUCACUGCUGUAAUGAAAGUGCAUUUGCACCAGGAUGCCACAGAGUGGAGAAUGCAUGAAGGGCCUUUCAAUUCAAUAACUAGAUUCACAUUGUUCAGUAGAAGAAAUUACGUGUGGGGCCUCUGUAUUUUUUAUAAAUAAUGUCCAUAUCCACAGACAUACCAGUUUAUCAAAAAUGGGGGAUGUCGUUCCAUUACUUCCUUCAUAAAAUACUGCCACAAUCAGUUCUUUGGCGUAGGAUGAGUCUUUCCUUAAAAUUGUAAGAUUAGUGCUCUCAUACUGUAGCUGCUUUCAUUGCCUGAUUUUUAUGAUGACUGCCUUCUAUGUGAAGUAACUAUAUUUCUAAACAUGAGCAUUGUGCUUUACUUGUGCGUACAGCAUUAUAAUAUUUGAUGGAUUGCAGUUUAUUUGUGCAAGAAUAAAAACAGCAAUUAAGGAAAUACA